UGGUCCUUCAAGAUGGAGAACAUCUUUGACCAUUAUGAUCUGCUGGAGGUGAUGGAAGGAGCGGAGAAGCGCCCCGAGAACGACCCGGAGAAGAGCCCGUGGGGUGCUAUUGCAUUGGCUAAGAACCCCGUUCUUCCUGGCCUUACCAAGCACAUGAAGGUGAAGUGGCAUUGGGUGAGGAGCAUGGUAACCGCGGGUGAAGUGGAGUUGCACUACGUGAAGACGACGGCACAGCCAGCUGAUAUGAUGACCAAGAGGCUGGUUGAGCAGCAGCAUUGGAAGUGUUGCAAGCUUGCUGGGAUGGCUCUGAACUAAGGGGAGCAGAUUCUACGGCCAACAAUCCGAGGGGGAGUUUGUUGGUGCAACCAUAUGGCUUGCACUCGGCUUGUCGUCCUUGUUUGUGUGUGUGCAUGCAUGGCAUGGAAUGAAUUGUGAGUCUAUGU